GCAACACGGACUGUGUUCAGUGAUACACACAGAACCGGAAGUGAACAGCACACACGUGAAGAUGGGGAAACAGAAGAAACAUGGGCAGUUUAAAUCUGGAUCUAAACUUAAACCCGGAUUUAAAAAGCGACAGAAUAAAUGCGUCGUCAUGUUCGAUGAUAAAGACAGACAUGAGUUCCUCACCGGUUUCCACAAGAGGAAGGUGGAGAGACGUAAAGCGGCGGUGGAGGAGAUAAAGAACAAACUGAGAGAGGAGCAGAAACGCGUGAGAGAGGAGAGACAUAAAGAAUAUCUGAAGAUGCUGAAGGAGAGAAAGGAGGCACUCGAAGAUGCAGAUGAACUUGAUGAUGUCAUCACCUCGACUACAGAGUCAGUGCAAUACGAUCACCCCAACCACACCGUUACCGUGACGACCAUCAGCGACCUCGACCUCUCCGGCACACGACUGCUGGAGUCUCUGACCAAUAAUCAUCAGGCAGCAGGAGCGAGUGAUGAUGAAGAUGGAGAGAGGGGUGAUGAAGAGGAGAAAGUAGCGUUACCCAGGAAAGCAGGAAAUCCUCUCCUGUCCAAAAAGAUUCAGUCUCUGUCAGCAUCACUCCACUCCUUCACCAAACAGAAGAAGAAGAGAAAAAGUAAAAUGGACUUCAGGGGGCGGAGUCAGCAGGGGGACAGGAAGUCGUCGGUUGCCGUGGGCAACAAGCACCGCCUUGGCAAAACAACAAAGAAGCAGCGGCGCAAGCGGACGGGCAGGAAGGAUCGGAGUCAGGACUGAGGACUUUCUCAUGGUCUUCAUUACUGAACAACAAACAGAGCGACAAACAACAACAAUAAACACAUUUAUUACUUUGUUUAAAUAAAGUUAUAAAUAUUACAGAAGAGUUUGUAGAACCUUUAGAGUGGUUCCUCAGUGCUGGACUCUGGAACUCUGUGUGGUUCUGGAGCCCAAUCACUACUGAUUCUGCACUAUCCUGUCACACUGAUGGACCAGUAUGUGGUUCUGGGCGUGGCUAGUUGCCAUGGUAACGGGGGAAGCUUCAUGUCUCGCACCGAAUGCUAAGAGCGCCCGCAUGUGACCAUUUUUAUUUUUUAGCAUGGUGUUAUUUUGAUGACAUCAUCUUGUUGAUUGUCUUCACAAUAUUCAACAGAACCAUGUUAGAAACACACACACACACACACACACAAUAACCACCUGAAUGAGGAACCUGGAUCAGGUACGUUGCAUCUCUCGCCAUCCAGCCUGCAUCACGCUAAUAGAACUCCAGUACGGUGUGUUCUGAUUGGCUGAGAGCGGUCACUGUGUGUGUGUUAGGAAUGUACAGUGCUCUGAAAUUUGAAAAAAAAAGUGUGUGUGUGUGUGUGUGUGCAAAAUAAAUUUACACACAUUUCAGUUUAAUAUGAUCUCACAUCUAAAAAUGUUUCAUCUAUGUUAAUUACAAUAAUAAUAAUAGUAAUAGUAAUAAUAAUACAUGAAUGUGUGUGUCCUGAUGGAAUUAAGAACACAUGAUCAGUGCCUCACAUUUAUACAUUUUAUACUGUUUAUUGUUUAUUGUUAAUAAAAGUCAUAUUUACAAUCCA